GGUCAUCUUCAUCAAUCACUUGUCAUCCUACUCCCUUGUGACAUUCCAAACACAAACCUACGUACACUCCUCAACCCACACCACCAAUCAGGAACAGAAGUUAUUGUUGACGACAUGGAAGGCACCACAGCCAACAAGACCAUGAUCAGUGCCCGGAAGCCGCGGGUGAUGCUCUACUCCUCCCCACUCAUGGGGCACCUCGUCCCCAUGAUCGAGCUCGCCAAGCUCUUCGCCGCCCGUGGGCUAGCCAUCACGGUCGUCCUCAUGGACCCGCCGUACGAUACCGGCGCUACGGGCCCCUUCCUCGCCGGUGUCUCCGCAGCCAACCCCUCCAUUUCUUUCCAUCGCCUGCAACAGGUCAAGCUCCUGGAGUCUGACGACUCCGUGAUGCCAGCCUUGGCAUUCGCCCGCCUCUCCAACCCGCACCUACGUGACUUCCUCGCUGGCGCUUCUCCGGACUUCCUCGUGGUGGACUUCUUCUGCAGUGCCGCCAUGGACGUAGCCGCGGAACUCGACAUCCCCGCCUACUUCUUCUCCACCUCCGGCGCCCAGAUCCUGGCUUUCUUUAUGCACCUCACGGUUCUGCACGGGAAAAGCACGAGGAGCUUCCGGGAAAUGGGCGAAGAACUCGUGCACGUCCCGGGGAUCACCCCGUUUCCGGCGACGCACUCCAUCCAGCCACUCAUGGAUCGUGACGGUGCGUCCUACCAGGCAUUACUAAAUGUGAGCCUCGACCUGUUCCGAUCACAGGGCAUCUUCAUCAACACCUUCCGCUCGCUGGAGCCUCGUGCCAUGGACACCAUCCUCGCCGGGCUCUCCGCCCCAGCUGGCCUCUCGACGCCCCCAGUCUACUGCAUUGGGCCGCUAGUCAAGUCAGAGGAGGUGGGAAUGAAGCGUGGAGACGAGUGCCUCGCAUGGUUGGACACGCAACCCAAGGCCAGUGUGGUGUUCCUGUGCUUUGGCAGCCUCGGCCGUUUCAGCGCCGAACAAACCAGGGAAGUGGCAACCGGGCUGGAGGCUAGUGGACAAAGGUUCCUCUGGGUCGUGCGGAGCCCGCCGAGCGACGACACGACUACAGAGCCGGACUUGGAUGUGCUGCUUCCGAAGGGUUUCCUGGACCGGACCAAGGGCAGGGGCCUCGUCGUGAAGUCAUGGGCACCACAAGGUGAUGUUCUAGCACAUCAUGCCGUGGGAAGUUUUGUGACACACUGCGGGUGGAACUCGGUGCUCGAGUCUACUAUGGCAGGUGUGCCUAUGCUGGCCUGGCCAUUGUACGCGGAGCAAAAGAUGAAUGCGGUGUUCCUCGAGAAAGAGAUGGAGUUGGCUGUCGCGAUGGAAGGGUACGACAAGGAGGUGGUGGAGGCAAAGGAGAUUGCCAAAAAGGUCAGGUGGAUGAUGGAUUCGGAGGGCGGGAGGGUGCUCCGAGAGAGAACUCUAGCAGUGAUGCGGCAGGCGAAUGAGGCUCUACUCGAGGGUGGAGAAUCAGAGGCGACCAUGACGGGCUUUGUGGACGCGUGGGUUAAAGCUUGACAUGUGCAACAUCAUUUAUAAAUGGUCAUGGAAAUAAGGAGUGAGCGUUGGGUCUUAAAAGUGUGAUUUUAGUUUCUUCCUCUCUGUAACAUGUACUAUCAACACAUAAUAGAGAAAUCUCUAUA